AUGGGUUUUUCCAAACAGGACAGGGUCACAAAUCCUCCCGGGGGUACAUGGAGAGCAGUUAAGGGCCAGGCCCAGGGAUCCCUCCAUCUUGAAGAAAAGGACAGGACCCCAGCCGCCCUGCGCCCCCUCGAGAUACCCAGACUCGCCUCUGAAACUCUCUGGCCUGUCCCCACAACCUGGUCAGACCCUAAUCCCCUCUUGGGCACCCCUACCCUCAGGCUGAACCGACCCCGGCCACGCUUUGAACUUCACCCCGCGCCCCUCGACGCCCCCUCCCCCACCCACGCAACGACCCCCCCCCCAACACACCUUCCCCUCGCUCCGCCCCAGCCCCCCAACCCCCACUUCCUCCGUCAGGCGCCGCUGCCCCCGGCCCCCUCAGCCCGGCCCCCCUCAGCGCCGCGGCCUCUCUCCUCCCCCAGCCCCGGCUCCACACAAAGCUCCGGACUCACCGCGCGGCCGGUCCCGGGAGCCGCCACCUCCGCCCGCCCGGGGCCCCGGGCCGUAGAGCCGCCGCAGCUACGGGGCCCAGGCCGCCAUCCGUUCCCGCGGCCCCUCCCCCCCACCCCACCCCGCCUUGGCUCCGGCUCUCCGCCCCCUCCCCGCGCCGCUCCGCCCCGCCCGGCCGGUGCCGCUGUGUCCGGGGCCGCGGGUCCCUCAGCCGCCACCGCCGCCGCCGCCGCCGCCGCGAUCCGGGACAACCAGGGCCGCCCCGAAGACCCGGACACUGGACUACCGGGCCCUCGGAUCCGGAUUCCGGGCUGCUGUGGAGUCUGGAGCGGGAGAGCGCCGGGGAAACCCGGAACCUGGAUGAAAGAGCCAAAUCCUGGGUCUCGGAAUGCGCGGUCACACGGAGCCCGGAUUAUAGAGUCGUAG